UGUGAAUUUAAUUUAAUUGUCAGUUUGUUUUAUUUUUUCAAUUUUAUUUGUACAAACAAAAACUGAAGAACUGUGUUAAAGAGUAGAUAAUACAAGAAGAUGAAUUGCAAGACGUUACUCUCCGCGACCAGCUUCCUAGUCCUUCUAGUUGAAUCUUCGUGUCUUAAUUGCUACCAAUGCAACGGCAGCAAUUCCUCAAACCCUUUCCAGUGUAACGAGUGGCUCAGCUCGGAUAUCGAUAUCAAACCGGAACCUUGCGAUGCCGUUUAUGAAGCUAAAUAUUGUAUUAAACAUACCGGUCGAUUUGAAGGAGGAAUAGGUACCAAAAGGUACUGUUCGUCCCUCGAUCUAGGAAAUUACUGCAACUAUGUCAAACAGCCAGGCGAUACUUUGACUUACCGUUCUUGUGUUUACACAUGUACUGGAGACGAUUGCAAUUCUUCUGUAACCCACAGAGCUGGUUUUGGUGUUUUAGGCUUAGCUGUUUUAAAUUCACUUAUGAGAAGGUUUAGUUAAGAGAUUUUUGACAAUGAGAAGGCAUCAAAUUAUCUUUGUCAGUAAAGUGUGCCUUCUUCGACAAUGAAAAAUCUUACAGGAUUGAUGUUUGUGAUGUUUUUUGUGUUUAGGUUAAUUGUUAGAUUUGAUUAGCUUCUGUUGAUUGAAGCUUUCAAACCCAAGAUCCAAGAAAAUUACAUUCCAAGUAAAAAAUAAAUAAUUCCCGUCCAAUUUAGAAAAUUUUGUAUUCAGAUUGUGAUUUUAAAUACAUAGUUAUAGGUAUAUUUUAUGUUAAAUACAUACUGCCAUAUGCUUUUUAAAACAAUUUUAUUCCAUUGAUAAGACAAAAGUAUUUUAUUUUGUAAUUUGUGUAAUAGACUUAGUAACUGUUCCCGUCCACUCGCUAGACUAGGUUUAGACAUAAUCUGUGAAUAGUUAUUGUCCUUUUAAAUUAUGUUUCAAUAUAUUUACAUCCUAA